GCGUCGUUUCACCUAGCUCGGACCGUUGGGACCAAGCCCGAUAUUGCGCUAACUGAAUUAGCCGCAAACUCAGGCGCCAAAAGUCGCGCGCCGCCAAAAUCAUUGAGAUAUAGCCCAGAGGUCCUACACGUUGAGGAUACGUCGACGCGGCGCGGUGCGCACAAAAAAUGGCAGACCCAUUCGCUGACGCGGCGGACUACUUCGGCGACGACGCCGCGCCGACGCCGCCGCGGCCGGCCCUCUUCCCCGCGCCCAGCGCGGAGGAGGUCGCCGAGGCCAAGGCGCGCAAGGAGGCGGCCGCCGCGACGCCCGAGUCCUCUCCGCCGCCGCCGCCGGCGCGCAAGCGCCCGAAGCAGCGCGGCCUGCGCGUCGGCGCGUGGUCGGACGAGGAGGUCGCCUACGCCGAGCGCGUGUCGGACUUGUAUCGGCAGGGCAAGCUCCCGAACUGCCCGGAUGGGACAACAUUAAGGAGCCUCCUCGCCACGCUGCUCAACUGUCAGCCGAUGCGAAUCAGUAAGAAGCUGUGUGGAAAUCAACCAGUGAGUUAGGUUAUCCCGAGAAAUAUUGCGUGGACCUUCGUGAGCCUCCACGCCAUCGAGCCGACGUGGCCACGGGGACGUGGAAUCUCCACGCCAUCGAGCAGAUGCAGUUACGGAGACGACGUCGCGUCGAUGGCGUGGGGCGCCCGAAAUUUGAUUUCCACACAGGUAAGAAGUACUCGGGCGAGGCCUGGGCGCACCGCGGGAAGCGGCCCUACCGCCACGUGGGUCCGCCUGAUGCGGCGACGGUCGACGGCCUGUUCCGCGUCGAGAACGCCUUCCACCGCGCGCUCCGGCCGGGCGCGACGCUCCACACGUCGCUCCUCGGCACGUCGGGACUUGUGUGGAAAUCAACGCCAUCGAGCCGACGUCGCGUGACUCGCGUACAUCGAGUAGACGAAACUUGAGUUCCCAUAGGUCGGGCCUAGCCACGCCCGCUGGCGCGGCGACGCGCGUGCGCGACGGCCUGCCCGCGACGGAGAGCCGGCUCUCCGUGAUCGAGGCGCCGUCGCCCAAGAAGCCGCGCGGCGACGCCUACUGGGGCUCGCCCGAGUCCGCGCCCGUACCGGCCCCGCUCUUCGCGGAGCCGCCCACGCCGCCGCCGCCGCCGCCGGCCCCGCUCUGGGCGCCCUUCGAGCCGCAGCCGCUCCAACCGCCGCCGCCGGCGACGCCGCCGCCGCACGUCGCGGCCGCGGCCCAGCGCCUCAUUGACUCCUUGCACGCGGCGCUCGCUGGCCCCUGUGUGGAAAUCAAAUUGAGGGCGCCCCACGCGAUGUUGUCCCCGUGACCGCGUCGGCUCGAUGGCGGAACCUAACUCACUGGUUGAUAUCCACACAGGCGGGCCCGAGCCCGCCUUCUUUGGAAGACCUCCGCCUCCGCGCGCCGGCCCUCUACGCGCAGGCCGUGGCCGCGGCCGCGGCGGGCGCGAGCGCGCCGUUCUGAGGACGGUGCGCGGACGACCUUGCCUCUCGGUCGUAAAACACGGUGCCCCACGAGCUCGCCACUCGCUCGCGAAACACGGCACAAGCACCCCGUGCGCGUCCGGCGUCCGCCUUCGACUCGCGGAGCUCGACUCACCUUGCGAUGCCCGCGCAGACAACCCCCUCGACGAGCCCGCCUCUCGCUCGGAAAACACGGCGCAUUCCGCCCCCCUGGACAUAGUAUGA